CACAAGUUGGCAAAGAGAUGAUACUCAAACGGCAGCUGGGCAGGUAAAUUCCUUGGGAGAGAAAAAUUGAUAGUGAAUUAAAAAAAAGAGAGAAAUAGAGAAAGAAAUUUAUAAUAUAAAAAUGGAGGGGAUUGAUACACAUGGUUGGAGAGAGAGAAGGCAAAAGCAUUCGUGACAUGAGACCAAACAAAUUAGAAAGAAAAGCAAGUAUCACAAGUGCGAGAGGAGUGAGAGGGUGGACAGCAAAAAUUAAAAAAAAAAAGAGAUAAAAAAGUGUUCGACAAUCGACAGUCAUGGGUUAUAUGGCAUAGGUGGUAGAGUUAAAGCCUAAAGGCGGAUAUAAGAAACUCAGUACACUAUUUUCUUGUCUAAUUUUUUUAAAAAAAUUUUUUCGUUAUUUUUUAUUUUGAGAUUAUCAACAGAGAAGAGAGGAUUAUAAGAAUAAUACGAAAGAGAGAAACAAGAAAGAAAAAAAAAAAAAAAAAGAAUUUAAGAAUAAGGUGAAGAUAAAAGAGAAAAGAAAUAAGAUGAGAAAAAAAAAAAGAGGCAGUUUGUAGUUGAUGGCGACGAUGUGCAGUUCAGUGUUUUUUUCAUCUUGACGAAAAAAUCAUAUAUUUUGUUUUUGUGUAUGUGUUAUUAAUUAUUAUUUAAAUAAUUAAUUUUUUUUUUUAUAUAAAUAGUAUUUAUCAGUAUAAAAUAAAUUUAAUUGUUGAUUUUUUUUAUAUCUAAUAAAUUCUAAAGAAAAAAAAAGCAAAAAAUUUGUUUUAGUGUUUAUAAAUUAAUAAAAAAUUAAUUAAAUAUAUUAAUGAUAAUUAGUAAAUUUAUAUCAACUAAUUUAUUAUAAUAUAAUUUAAUAUUUUUAUUGUGUUUAAAGUUUUUUGUGUUAGUGUUUGAUAUUAUUUUUCACAAAAAAAAAAAAAAAGAAAUUAAAAAAAAAAAAUUGUUAAUUAUUUAACAGUCAGUUUGGUGAUGUACACAAUGAUCAAGGAUACCAUGAUUGAAAUAACAAGGAUAAAUAAUACAGUGUUAAUAUAAUUAAUAAUUUUUGUUUAUAAAAAUUGUGAAACUUUGUUUGUUCUUACUGACGCUUUCGAUAUCGCGAGGACGGCGACCGACGGACGCCAACAACGCUGCAUCGUAAAACCAAUAAUAACAAUAAUACAAAAUAAGUAGAAAAAAAAAAGAAAAUUAUUUAUAAAAAAAAUACAGAAAAACAACGUUCUAUUUAAAAGAUUCAAUAUAGCCAUGUUAGCUAGGACGAGUGGUGUUGAAAAAUUGAAUCAACUAAUUAAAUUUAUUAAUAAAAUUAAUAAAUACAACAGAUAGAAUGAGUGGAACUAGGCGUAAAGAAGGAAGUUACUUCAACGAAAAUUCUCCAAGGCCACCAGUGCCUGGAGAAGAGGCAACAACGAGUCGUUUUCGUCCUGAAAGUCCAGCACCAUUAACACCAAGACGUUCAUCAGUUAUCAAUAAAAAUAAUGAUAAAAAAUUCAAUCCUAGUAUUAGUAGUAAUAUCAAUAAUAAAUUAUCACCACCAAUGGGAUUUGAACCAGAGGGUCGUUGUGAAGAAAUAACAAUGGAAAAAAAUUCUCCAAAACAUACUUGUUUAGAAUGGGCAACUGAUUUAUGUACAUUAUUAAAAGAUGAAAUUGGCCUUAAUUUAUUUAGAAAAUAUUUAAAACAAGAAGAAAUAUCAGAUAAACCAUUAAUAUUUUGGUUUUCAUGUGAAGGUCUUAAAGAUAAUAAUGAUGAUUAUAAAAUACAACAAUUAGUUAAAAUAAUUAAUAAACGUUUUAUUAGACGUGGACAUUUACCAAUAUCUGCUGAAUUAAAAACAGAAAUACAACGUAAAAUAGAUGCAAAUAAAUUUGAUAAACAUAUUUAUGAUGAAAUACAAAAAAAAGUUGAAAAACAUAUUGAAAAUACAGUAUAUGAAAAUUUUAAAAGAUCAGAUAUAUAUUUAAAUUUAAUACAUGAAACAAGAAAUAAUAAUUUUUUUCCUGAUGAAAAAAAUUUAUCAACAAGUGAUAUGUCAUUAUCAUGUGGUGCCAAUAGCUUAUUACCAACAUUACAUGAAGAUAGUGAAUUUAUUGGUGGACAUAUGACACAAUCAGCAUGUAAUACACCUGGUGAAUUUAAAUUAACACAAGAUAUACUUAUGAAAACACAAAAAACAAGAGCUGCCAAUUUACUACCAAAACCAGAAGCAUUUGCUGGAAUGAGCCCAUAUCACAUGUCCUCAUCAAGGCCUGAUGCACAGUAUUCGUAUAAUCCAGUAUCAAGACAAGACUCAGAGCUACAAAGUUUGAGUAGUGAUGCUAGAACAGAGUCUGAUAAUUUAUCAAUAAACUCAUCAGUUGAUGGAAUAUCAUUGGGUAGAAGAAAUAAUAGAACACAAGCAAUUCGUUUUAAUCGUCAAAUGAAAGAGUCAUUAAAAUUAAAUCAUAAUGUUGAAUCAAAUAUUGCAAUAAUACCAAGAACAGCAUAUGUUACAAAAAAUAGUAAAAAAUCAUUAUCACAUGAUGAAUUUGCUGAAGUAAUAUGUUCAAAAUUAGAAAAAGUACUAAAAGAACGUGAAGAAAAUGAUAAAAUAGAACGUUGUAUUAAAAAUCCAACAACUGAUGAUGAUGAUAAUAGCAAAAUUGAUGGUUUUACUGAUGAUAAUGAUCAUAUACUUGAUGAUCAUUUAUCACGUGUAUGGCCAAAGUCAAGAUCACCUGGUAUUGAUACACCAUGUGGUGAUAAUUUACAAGAUAUUAAAAAUUCAUUGGCAACAGUACGUUCAUUAAAAUCAAGAAAAGAUAAAGAUGUAUUUUCAACAUUAUCAAUUGACAGUGGUAAUAUACCUGAUUUAAAUGAAAUUGCUAAUGCUGCUGGUUCAGUACAUUCAUAUUCAUCAACAAUACCAAAAUCAAAAUCAGUACCGUCCGAAUAUGCUGAAUCACUUAGUAAACUUGAACCAUAUCAAUCUGGUAAUCAUAAUAUAGCAGCAAAACAUUCAAUAACUAAAAAAUCAACAACUGAAUUAACAGACAGUGGUGUAAGUGUUGUUAGUGAUACAAGACCAGCAAUACCAGCAAAAGGAUAUCGUGCAUCAACAUGGUCAGCUCAACAAGAUAUUAAGCCAGAUAGUAAAAAUACACGUCAACAAAAAUAUGAUUGGAGUAGACCAGCUCAACCAAUAGCAACUGUACCAGGUAUGCCAUUACUUCCAGUACCAAAUACAUCAAUACAAUUGGAAGAAGCACGUCGUAGACUUGAAGAAAAUACAAGAUCAUGGAAUGAUUGUUCAAGUAGUAUUAGUUCAGUUAAUUCAAUAAAUAGACAUUAUCAAGUACCAACUAAACAACAACAACAACAUCAUCAUCAACAACAACAACAUGAUGCUGUAUCAUUACAUAGUGUUAGUCAUUUAUCAUCAGUAUCAAAUCCAUCAACAUUGAGAAGAAGUCAUCAAAGUAAUGAUAAUUAUACAAGAGUAUAUAUUAUGGUUUCUGAUGAUAAGGUACCAUAUUUAAUUAAAAUACCUGGUCAUAAUAUUACACUGAGACAAUUUAAAGAACAUUUGCCACAAAAAGGAAAUCAUCGGUACUUUUUCAAAACUAAAAUUGAAGAUCCAGAUAUUGAAAUCUUUUGGGAAGAAAUAACUGAUGAUCUUGAAAUACUACCACUUUGGAAUGGUACAAUAAGGGCCCAAGUCAAACCGGUUGACUAAUCAAUCAUCAAAAAAAAAGAGAGAAAGAUUAAAAAUAAAAUAUUUAUUUAAUACAGUUUGUACAUAUAUAUAUACAUAUAUAUAUUAUAUAACACAUAUAUUUUUUUGUUCAAAAAAAAUAUUAAUCAAUUUGACAACUAGUUCAUGAACGACAGCUCUCAUUUACAAUUAAUAAUAUUAUUAUUUUUUUUAUAUAAUAUAUAUAACAUAUAUUAAUUGUUCUCUAUUAGUGUUUUUUGUCGAAAAAAAAGGAAAAAGUUUUUUAGUUAUUAAUUUAUGAUUAAUCAUAGCUUCCAGGGAUUUUUUCCAUGAGUUUUUUUUUUUUUUUUUUGUAUAUUUUAUUAAUUUUUUAUUUUAAUAUUUGAUUUAUCGAAACAUGUACAAAAUACACACCUGUCCCCAAUAACUAUUUACUGCCUCAUUGUUUAAUGGCAUUUUAAUUAUUAAUUGUUUUUAUUUUGUAUUUAAAUAUUAUUUUUUAUUAAUUAAAUUAGAUUUAAUUAUUAAAAAGCAAUUUUAUCUCAUCGUGCCACAAAGAUAAAAUAAUAAAAUCAACGAAAAAUUUCUUUAUAAAUAUAAAAAAAAAAAUGUAAUAUAUAAAAUAGAUAAAGAGAAAAGUUAAAAAAAAAGGAACAAGUAAUGAUCAAUUGAUGAUAAAUUUAGAUAAAUUAAAAAACAAUAAAUUGACAGGCAAUAAAUAAAAGAAAAAUUAAUUGUUGACAGCUGCCUGAUAGAAACAAAGAUCAUUUAAAAUUUCGAUCUUUGAUAAUGAUUUUUCGGGUGCGAAAAAUAUUGUGCCUUUUAGUCAAAUAAGAAUUGAAUUAAGACUUAGUAAGGAUUAAGGAUAUAUUGUUUUUAAAGAACACACAAAAAAUUUGACCAUUAACAUUUUGAAAAACAAUUUUCUUUGAUGAAUUUUAAAAUGGCACAAUUAUUAUUUUUUUAUCAUAUAUCAUUUUUUUUUAUCUGAAAAACAAAAUUAUCGUCAAAUAUUGGGUUAAAAAAAUUAUUAAUUGGUGCUAUUGCCAAUUGUAUUUUAUCAAUAUUUAAUGGUAUUGCAUAUUUAUGCACAAUAAUACGAGUAUUAUGUCAUUUAAAGAAAAAAAAAAAAAAAACAGCUCAAAUGGAAGGUCUAAAUUAUGGAACUUUUGGAGCACUUAAAGUUGAAUAAAUGCAAUAUUAUAAAUUUUAAAAAAUAUAAAAAUUAAUAUUCGUUAAAAAAAAAAUUAAAAAUUACAAGACAAACAUAUUUUUGUCAUUAAUUUUGCGACUAUUAUUCAAGAAAAUAGAAAAUAAUUUUGUCAAGUUUUUUUUAAUCAAAAAUUUUUGGCAUUUUUAUUUUUUAUUUUGUUAAAUAAUUGUUGAACAAUAAAAAUUAAUAAGACAAAAAAGAAGCUUGUUUUAUAAUUUUCUAUAAGACUGUAUUUUUUAUUUUUUUAAGAAUAUUAAUUUUUUAUUUCUAAACAUUGUAUUUAUUCGAUUUUAAAUGCUCAACGAGUUUCAAAAUCCAGACUGUAAAUUAGAGAAGAAAUUUUUUUUUUUUUGAUCUUUUAAAUAGUCAAUUCUUUUAUAAUCCCAUGAUAGGCCUAAUAAUUAAUCAAUUGAGCCUAAAUCCAAAAAAAAUGUAUAAAUAAUUACCAAAUUUGUAUCGAAAAAGUUAAACAAAAAAAAAAACUAGAUUCUUUAGAAUCUAAAAAUAAUUAUUUCCAAUAAUUUCGAUUACUUCGAGCUUCCAACAAUUUUUUUUCUUUAAUUAUUCAAAUUAUUUUUUAUUAAAUAAUCUACGAAUACAACCACAAUGUACUUCCG